AUGACGGACGAUCAAUACUGUGUUCGAGUUGAGGAUGCUGAAUCUAAUGAUGAUGAUUCAUCUAAUGAUGGGGACCAGCUGUAUGAUGGGAACAAGGAACCUGAUUUGGGUGAGCCAGAAGAUCAGGCGCAAGAUGUAUUGGAGAGAAUGCUGAUAGAUGAGUUUGAAAUUUCAGCUGAGCAAGCGCCUCUAAUCGAUAAUGCCAUUAUGGAGCUGUUUCGUGAGGAUCAAAGUGGGAGGGGGGUGCAGGCACCAGCGAAGAAAAAGCAGAGGGGUCCGACGACAGCUUUCAAGAAACCUGUCGGUCCCAUGGUCUUGAAGUAUGACAGGGUAGGGCAACCCUCAGGUAAAUGGCGUCGUCAGUAUGCUGGUCAAGUUGGGAUUUGUGCGCGCAAAAUCCCCAUUACGCUUCGUAUGAGCGACGUACCUACAGGCUUGAUUGACACGUUUUGGAAUGAUACCAGGAGUCUAUUUAACAUUCCAAAUGAGUACGCCAAGCGAAGGGUGUUUGAAUCAUUACUUGCGGCAAGAUUCAGAAGCUUCAAGUGUAACUUAGUUCGUCGGUUUAUCACAAAUAAACUUGUGAGGAAACAAAAGAACAAGAAAGGAGGUGGCAGUGAUGAUGAUGUUAUCGAUGAAGAGAAACUCCCAUGGAAAAUAUGGCCUAGCAUAUCGAAGGAUAAUUGGGAAGCUUUCGAAAUGAGGGAGCAGAAUUCCAAGAAUGCAUUGCAAAAGCAAUACCACCAUCAUAUGGGAGCAAUGACGUAUGAUAAAUAG